AUGAACGCCUUAGCAGUGCUGACCCUGGGCCUCCACGCCACGGCCGCCUUCGUCACCUCUGCCGGUCCUCAUUCGCGGAGCACCACUGCCGCCGGUGUCCACAGCGCCAAGGCGGCCAUCAGCACCAGCAGGGCUGACGCAAGCAGGAUAUUGGCCAGCACUGGCACUGGGUUUUUCGAAUCCCUCUUCGGUGGACAGAAGACGAAAGAGCAAAACAACUCCGGAGAGACGGCCCGGCUAAGCGAGGAACUUUUCGACUUUCUGACCGCCGAGGGCGCCAAGCCUGACGAUGUGGCUGUGAUGGAGAAGAUCGAAGAGCUAGAGGAUGGAUCGGUGACCAACAUUGCACAAGCUCUGGGCGACAAGCUGUACGUGACUGUAGACGGACAGGGGUCCCCGGCAUCUACGGAUACGGACCUACCGUACGAGGUCAACGUGGAGGUCUCCCGAGCAUGGCUUCACGCGCUGGGCGGGAAGAUACCGCUAGACUUCAUCAAGGGGAAAGGAACAACGUUCGUGGUGUACAACGACGCCAGAUUGAGGAUUUUCCGGUCCGAUACCGGUGGGGUUGUUGUGCAGACAAAAGCCGACGAGGUUGUGCCUGUGUGA